CGGUAGCGGGGAAAGAGUACCCGUUCACGCGUCGAACCGGGCAUCCUUCGCUUUCCCUUGUGGCGUACACAGAAACCAACCUCCUCGACUGCUGGGCCUCACGAUGAGGUCGGUUCGACCUCACCCCGGUUCAUUCUCCAGGUCGCUAUUCUUCGAGGUCAAUUCUCAACGCUUCAAAUGCCAUACCUGUUGGGCGAGGUGUAUAUCCACUUAUCGGCAUGAGAUAGCAUCGCUCUGGUACUACUUUCUCGCCUCUUAUGUUGUGGGCCGCCGACGUCGAAAGAUAUUUACAAAUGCUUAUGUUCUUCCACCAUCCUCUUCUGUAUAUAUUCGUACGCAGGCCGAAACUAUGCUCAUUUGAUGUUGGGCCGAUCUUCGCUUGAUGACAGUUCAGCGAACCUCGUGGUUAGGCUUCAAUGCGAUGGGCUGGCGGGCCUUGUGUCGGACACCUGAGACUUG